AUGCAUUAUCAAUCAGUGCUCUGCAAUCCUGGAACGUUUCACAACGAAACGUCGGGCAGGUGUGAGCCGUGUGCACGAGGAACGUAUCAGCGGAACAUGGGACGUGCUCGUUGCGAACUCUGUCCAAAAGCGUCCACAACAUUGCACCUGGCUGCAACGACCGUUGACGAAUGUGUAGGUGUGUGUGUAGCUUUACGCAUUGAAUGUCGUCCUGGAAACUACUUGGAUGUAAGCACUGGCGUUUGUGAACAGUGCGGUCAUAUGGGUUAUCAACCAAAAGCAGGUUCGACGAGCUGUUAUCCUUGUCCACACGGCACCGUCUCGUUGACGAAAAAUGCCACUUCACUUGGACAAUGCAUAUAUAACUGUCCACCGGGCCAACAGCACACAUCUGAUGGAGCAUGCGAACCGUGUGCAGUAGGCUUCUAUAAAGCGUUGAAUGACGUUCUAUGUCAACCAUGCCCGGCAUCGACCACAACUGAAGAUAUUGGUUCAACGAGUGCAACACAUUGUUUAUUACGUAUGAAUUUUUGA